AUGGCGCUCUCGCAGACCACGAUCGUGCAGAAGAGAAAGCGCUUCAGCGCAAGCAACAUCACCCCGUCCAAGGUGAGCCGCACCACGGAUCCCAACAACGACACAGACGGCUCGGAAAUCAUCGUCGCGGUAAGGAACUGGGGCAGCGCCUUCAACGUCUUCGAGGGCCUGACUCGAGACGAUCCGCUCUGGCAGCUUCAGGUCAUCCACGGCGGGCGCAACGCUUUCGGAUACCAGGUACUGGCAGUGGCCAGAGAAGCGCUGCUGAAGCACCCCAACAACAACAUCCGAGACCUCCAGCAACUGGAGUCCGUCCUGCACGUACGCCUCCUGAACGGAGCACCUCCUCACACCGGCGCACUGGACCCAGAUGGCACCGGCAUCGAAGCAUGGCAAGUCGUGCUGUAUGCGAGCUCCGUGACCAACGCCCUGGACUUCAUCCAUCUCGUGCUGAAACACAAGGUGGCCAAAGGACAGCUGCUGCAGCUGCCCAACAUGACCGUCGCGUGCCCAGACGGAAGCGUCGAGUCCGUCCCAGAACCAUGGACACUGAACACCAAUCCUCCGCACUGCCCGAAAGCCUUCGCAGUCCUUCCACCCCGUGGACGCCGUCACGUACUCUGUCAAGUGGAACUCUCCGGCUCCAGGACCACAACAGCGAGCAGCCAAGAUUCAAAGGAAGAGCCCGAGCCGAUCACCGAAGGGGAGGACAAGAACAACGCAAGCACACUCUACACCUUCAGCUUCUUCGGCGGCAUCUACUCCUACCGCGAACUGUUCGACGCGGCCAACGUCGAAGGCGGCUACAACGUGGGACCCGAAGGCAAUCGAGACUACGUGCGUACCCUGGAGGUGAUGAACAACCAAGAAGGAAAAGACAGGCUGAUGUCUCUGCACGAGCAAGUCCUGUUGAACGUGCCCAUCUACCUGGUAGACGCCACCGAGAAACCCGACGACGAGUUCGUCGCCUGGUUCACAAGCCUGCCCCACGUAGAGCUCGGAGAGAGAGCCAGCUCGUGA